UUACCGCACUCCUUUAACGGGGUGCACCAUUUCAGUCCGCUCCACUGUGCACGUAAAAAAGGCAACGGGCUCCAAAAAAAGGAGAAAGAAAGAAAGAAAGAGAAAGAGUCCUUGACUUGCCACUCGAAGCAAUCGGCUAUGUCCAGCGUUCAGUUUUCGCAAUCUUUUUCUUGUACAACUAUCUAAAGGUUGGCACACUCUCAUGGUUUUACCUCCCGUAGGAUGGGAUUAACUUUGUCCGGAAGAUACAUCUCACUGGUGCUUGCUGUUCAAAUAGCAUAUUUACUCCAGACGGUUGGAGCGGUGGGGAAAUGUGACACCGUGUUUAAGGGCUUCUCAAACUGCCUGCUUCAGCUGGGAGAGAACAUGGCCAGCUAUCCACAAGAACUAGACGAGAAGGAGAAUCUGCAAACCAUCUGCACAUAUUGGGAUGACUUCCACUCGUGUGCUACCACAGCGCUGGCGGACUGCCAGGAGGGAGCGACGGAGCUGUGGGAGAAACUCAAGAAGGAGUCCAGAAACCUGGAGUUUAAAGGCAGUUUGUUUGAACUGUGCGCUGGAGGAAACGGUGCGAGCACACCAUCAGCUUCUCCACCUGGGCUCACCCUGCUGCUCAGCUCCCUCUCCGCCCUGCUCACAUGGAUCCAGUUUUAGCGGCCAACACCAACCCGAGAAGAGCAAAAGACAUUUUUAGCGCACAUGAAAAGAAGAAAACGGGAAAC